GUUCCUACCAGGCUCAGAUUUGGCUCCGCCGAUUCACUUCGCCGCCUCACACCACCAUUCAGAGGAGACUGUCCCAGCCUUACAGCGGUGUAACGAUCACUAUGGCAGAGCAGGACCCUACACCAGAGCAGCUGGCAGCAGUUGCAGCGGAAAAUGAAGAAACUGACACUCCAGUCAACUACAAACCUCCAGCCCAGAAGAGCUUAAAGGAGAUCCAGGAGCUGGACCAAGAUGAUGAAAGCCUGCGCAAGUACAAGGAGGCCCUACUGGGCUCUGUUGAUGUCGCUAUAGAUCCCAGCGCCCCAAAUGUCCAGGUGACAAAAAUGACUCUGGUAUGUGACUCAGCGCCAAGCCCCCUGGUUCUGGACCUUCAGGGAGAUCUGGACAACUUCAAAAAGAAUCCAUUUGUGCUGAAGGAAGGAGUUGAAUACAAAAUAAAGAUCAGCUUCAAGGUCAACAAGGAAAUUGUGUCGGGGCUGAAGUACAAUCAGCAAUCAUUCAGGAAAGGAGUAAGAGUCGAUAAGUCAGACUACAUGGUUGGCAGCUACGGGCCCAGACCAAACCAGGAGUAUGAAUUCCUCACCACUCUAGAGGAGGCACCCAAAGGAAUGUUGGCCCGCGGCACUUACAACAUCAAGUCCAAGUUCACCGACGACGACAAACAUGAUCAUCUCUCCUGGGAAUGGAGCCUCACUAUCAAGAAAGACUGGAAAGACUGAUUUCCCUUGCCAUCCUCCAUUCCUUUUUGUCUUCCUUUGCUCUGUCCCCUUUUUCUUUUUUUUUCUUGCUGUCAUUCCAUCAUUCCUGUUCGAUCCAUCUCUGGAUUAUGUAUUGAUUUUAAGCUUUUGCUCUCUCCGUCCAUCAAUCUGCACCACAGUCGGCCUGUCUAUUUUCUCCUAAAUUCCAAUCACUGCAUCAUUCCAUAGACUCCUCUUUGCAUCAUUCAUGCUUUGUUUGCACCUCCUGUUAGAAUUUGGGGGGAAAAAAAGGAGAAAGCAAAUGUGUACAAUCCAGAUUUUGUGGUUACGCUUUGUUUAUAAAAUGGAAAAAAUAUUGAAAAAAAAAAAACAUUCACCAAUGGAAAAA